AUGGACGAAAAGACGCCGUUGGAGCCGCCUCCAUCCUACGACAAUGCAUCCCAAGUCACUCCCACCAAACCCGCGCAAGCAGGUUCAACAGCACCGCCGCGUCCACGCCCACUCGACCUCCCCGCGCUAAACAUGAUCCGAGGAAAGAGAGUAAUCCUCGCCUCCGCAUCCCCUCGACGGCGCCAACUUCUUGCGCAGAUCGGCCUGACCGACCUCGAAAUCGUCGCCUCCACCGUCCCCGAAGACAAAAGCAAAUCCCUCGCGCCCUUCGAAUACGUACUCGAAACGGCGCAGCAGAAGGCGCUCAACGUCUACGAAGCGACCAUCGACUCCCCCAAAGGCGAGCCCGCGCUCGUCAUCGCCGCCGACACCGUCGUCAGCACCGAGCUCGGCCAGAUUCUCGAGAAGCCGCGGAGCGAGAAGGAGCAUGUCGCCAUGCUGAAGAUGCUGCGCGACGAGGGUUGGCAUAAGGUGUACACGGCGGUGGUGUGCAUGGCGCCGCUGGAGAGUGCCAUGGAUCCCGGGUAUACCAUGGAGUCGCAUGUGGAAGAGACGUCGGUGAAGUUCGAUUCGAAUGUGACGGAUGAGUUGAUUGUGUCGUAUGUGCGGACAAGGGAGGGCGUCGACAAGGCGGGGGGCUAUGGGAUUCAGGGCAUUGGGUCGAUUUUGGUGGAGAGCAUCAAGGGAACGUUUGACAAUGUGGUUGGAUUACCGUUGAGGGCUACGCUGCAGUUGAUUGAGAAGGUGAUUGUGGAGCCUGCUGUUCCUGAUGCUGUUGACGAUGUCGGCUAUUAG